AAAAAACGUCCGGAGACGUAAAUUUCCACAAAAACGCCUAACAAUGUCUGAAAGAAAGGUUUUAAAUAAAUAUUAUCCACCAGAUUUUGAUCCAGCUAAGGUCCCCCGUUUGAAGCAAGCAAAGAAUCGACAGUUCACAAUCCGAACUAUGGCACCCUUUAACAUGAGGUGCUCUACGUGUGGGGAAUAUAUCUACAAGGGAAAGAAGUUCAACUCUCGAAGUGAGCGGGUCCUGGAUGAAGACUACUUGGGGUUACAUAUACACAGAUUCUACAUACGCUGUCCAAAAUGUGUCUCGGAGAUUACAUUUAAGACUGACCCAGAGAACUGUGACUACAAACUUGAGAAUGGGGCGAUCAGGAAUUUUGAGGCUUUUACAACUGCCCAGAAACUUGAAGAGAAGAAAAUUCAGGAAGCUAAAGAUGAGGAGGCAAAUAACCCAAUGUUGGCAUUGGAAAAUCGUACGAAGGCAUCAAGAAAUGAAAUUGAAGCACUGGAAAAUCUUGGUGAGCUACGCGAUCAAAAUUCCCGUCAUGCUAAAGUUGAUUUAAAUGAGUUAUUGGAGAAGAAGAGGCUCUAUGAGGAGCACCUGCAGAAACUCCAAGAUGAUGAAGAUGAAAAGUUUGUCAACUCUGUAUUUGGAAGAAAUGGAAACGAUUCUCUCAAACGUCUCCAUGAUGAUAGCUCUUCAGAUGAGGAGGAGAAAAAGUCCAGUUCAAAGGUUAAGAAGAUCACAAAUGUUGAGAAGCCUACUGACUUUCUCUCAGAGAAAAAGACUGAGCAGAAAACUGAAAGUUGGCAAAAAAGUGUUGGAUCCUUAAAAAAGUCCUCUCUAAGUGGACUUGUAAAAAAGAAAAAAACUGUAGCAGCAUCAGCUACUAGUGCCACUGCAGCAUCGGACACCAGCAACACUGUAGCAGAUAGUGACACUAACUCUACCACACAAAGUAAUUCUGACAAUAGAGGUGACCAAAAUCAAAUAAAUAAUGAACUCAAAUCUGGUACAAACUCUACGUCAAAAGAUGAAACAAGCAAAACCCAACAAAAUGAUCAAAACAAAAAUAAUUCAGAAGUUAAAGAGGCUGAUGUGGGAUAUUCUGAUAAAGAGGUUGCUGAUAUUAUCAAAAGUGCUUCAACCUUGAAGAAAAAAGAUGCAACGGAGAAUAAAAAGUCACCAAAAAUCCUCGGAGGACUUGGGUUUUUGGGGGUUGAUUAUUCUGACUCGGACAGUAACGAUGACAGUGAUUAAUCCAAAUAAAUAUGCAUACAGUGUGUCUCUUAACCUAAAACAAGACAAUAUUGGUCAUGGUCAAUGUGUGUUAAGCAUGGAGAACAUGUAUAGUGUAUUUUAUUGAUAAUUCAAAAGGACUUCCCCCCUUUCAAUUUUUUGUAAAAGUUUUUCCGAAAUAGAAUCUGAACUAAAUAGAAGAAUUGAAAGAAUUGUCACCAUUUUACAACAUUUUUUCUCUCGUCAGUCCAAUUCACGCCUAUUUUAUGUCACCAUCAGAAAUUGUCUUCAACUUUUUUGUAGAUGGUGUUUGGCACUUAUGGCAUCUGUUACAAAUUCUUACAACUUCCACUAAUGUUGACAUUUUGUUAUGUUGUAUGCCUUGUCUAAAAUUCCAUCCUUUUUGAGUUUUAAGGUUUCUUAUCUGGCAAAAAUAUGGAAAUAUCUCCUUUUCAAUUCAUUUCUGCACUUCAUUUUUUCAGUAACCUCCAUAUUUGAUCAGAUAUUCUACAUCAUUUUUCAGAAAUAAAAUAGGAUUGUAAAGAAAACACUGGUAUGAUUUUUAUGUCACCAACUCAAGUGGUGACAUUUUGUUAUAAUCUCCAACUUUUU